AUGUAUAUCUUAGUUUUAACUGUCCCCCUUUUGGGGGCCUUAAUUUCAGGUUUGUUUGGUAGAAAGCUAGGUGAAAGGGGUGCUGGAAUUUUUACUUCAAGUUGUUUAAUUAUAAGUUUGUCGUGGUCUCUUUUGAUUUUUUAUGAAACUACAUUAAACUCUUCAACUGCGUAUAUAAAAUUAUGGCGGUGGUUGGACUCAGAUUUAGUAACUGUCUGGUUUGGCUUACAAUUUGAUGCUCUUUCUGCAACCAUGUUACUUGUUGUUACUGCCAUAUCUGCUUUGGUUCAUGUUUUUUCUACCGCUUAUAUGGAUGGUGACCCCCAUGUCCCUCGAUUUAUGUCCUAUCUAUCAUUAUUUACAUUUUUUAUGAUUUUAUUAGUAACUAGCGAUAAUCUUCCACAACUUUUUAUUGGCUGAGAAGGUGUUGGGUUGUGUUCCUAUUUAUUAAUAAACUUUUGAUUGACCAGAAUUGAGGCAAAUAAGGCAGGUAUAAAGGCCAUGUUGGUUAAUCGAGUGGGGGAUAUUGGAUUUGUCUUAGCUAUGUUGGCAAUUUGGGAUCAAUUUGGGUGCUUAGAUUUUGCUUCUAUUUUUAAUACCGUGGCACUAUCCCCCUCUAAUAACACCACCCUAAUAUGUUUAUUUUUAUUUAUAGGUGCUGUCGGUAAAUCUGCGCAGUUAGGGUUACACACUUGGUUACCGGAUGCAAUGGAAGGUCCAACUCCGGUGUCUGCUUUGAUCCAUGCUGCAACCAUGGUGACGGCAGGUGUUUUUUUACUAAUUAGAUCGUCUCCCCUAUUAGAGCAAGCCCCCAUAGCUUUGAUGGUCGUAACCAUUGUUGGAUCUCUUACGGCAUUUAUGGCCGCCACGGUUGGUUUGGUACAGAACGACCUUAAGAAAGUAAUAGCUUAUUCGACCUGUAGUCAAUUAGGAUACAUGGUAAUGGCUUGUGGGCUUUCCCAAUAUUCUAUAAGUUUGUUUCAUUUAAUGAACCAUGCUUUUUUUAAAGCUCUAUUGUUCUUGAGUGCUGGGUCUGUGAUCCAUGCCUUAGCUGACGAGCAAGAUAUGAGAAAAAUGGGGGGCCUUAUUAGAUCAAUCCCCUUUACUUAUACUAUGAUAGUUAUUGGCUCUUUGUCUUUAAUGGGCUUCCCUUAUUUAACGGGGUUUUAUUCUAAAGAUCUAAUUUUAGAGUUAGCCUAUGAUCAAUAUUAUUUAGCUUUUGCUCAUUGGUUGGGGGUUUUCUCUGCCCUAUUAACAGCCGUUUAUUCCUUUCGAUUAAUAUACCUUACUUUUAUAUCAAAUACCAACUCCAAAAAGGAAGUUUUUUCACAUGCCCAUGAGGGUUCUUGAAAUUUAACCCUACCUCUAAUAUUAUUAGCCUUAGGAAGUAUUUUUGUAGGUUAUUUAACCAAAGAGGUUAUUUGGUCGUUUCAAAUUACCCUUUCUCCUAUUAUUCCCACUUUUAUUAAGCUAUUGCCUGUAACCUUUAGCCUUUUUGGGGCUGGGGCAGCGAUACUCCUUUAUCAUUACUCUUCACGAGCCUUUAAUGCACCAGUCUCGCCGGUCGGCCUUGCUGGUUAUACCUUUUUAUAUUCUGCUUGGCAAUUUAAUUAUAUUGUUAAUCAUUUUUUGGUUCAGAAUGUGUGAAGGCUAGGUCAUUUAAUAACAUUCCGAGCCCUGGAUAAGGGGAUAUUGGAACUAAUAGGCCCCAAAGGAUUAUCUCAAUUCAUAAUCCGGCUCACCCAAGAGAUAAGUAAUUUGCAAUCUGGUUUAGUUUAUAAUUACGCUUUAAUAAUUUUUAUAACCAUUGCCAGUUUUAUGGUAUUUAAAUAA